AUGUCUGAAUUCAAAGCAUUCAAGAAAGCCGACUUGGCCAAGGUCGCCAGAAAAGUUGGCAUUUCCGUCCGUUCCAAGGACACCAAACAGCUGUUGCUUGAAAAAAUCGAGAGCUUUAUCGACGAGCAGCCCGAGAGAGCAAAAGAGUUGAUUGAGUCUGCCGGCCUCGAGGAUGAGGUUGCUACCUUGAUUGAGGACGACGAUGACGAGGAUGAGGAGGAAGUUUCCGCUGCCGUCGAAGUCGAGGAGGAGGACAAGGACUACAAUGCUCCUGCUCCAAUUUCUUUCCAGGAAUGGGUGGUGGACCCAGCAAUUGAUGUGUUUGAGCAAGCGAGAGCCAAGGUCUUGGACUUCACCGACUCCAUUGGCCUCACCACUUUGGACGUCAACGACGACUUGAGAGAGUCCUUGUCCAGAGUCGUGGCCUUGAACUACUUGGAGGUUGUUGCUGAGGCUGCUUUCUUCUUGUACACCAACGUGCCAAUUGUGCCCGUCAAGCACAACAACCUGAUCCACCAGGUCUUCAGAGACAACAUCCCCAGAUUGCAGACGAGCUCGUGGCCAUCCCCCGACUUCUCUGCCUUAUUAGAGUUUUCUGUCUUGUCUGUGUUUGGCAAUUGGGUCAUCUACGCCGUGUUGUUGCCCUUGCUCAUCUCGUUCUACGUCAACUUCUCCAGAAGAGUUGUUGUGAUUUCCGACGAGGACGACGAGGACGAGGACAUUUCGUUCGUCGUCAGACUCUACAAGUACGACCCCUUCAUCUUCGCCUUGGCCAAGGUGUUGGUCUACUACUUUGUUCUUCAGCACGGCGCCUUGUCCUCGCUCGAUUCUUACACAAACAUCUUCCAUUUCUUGAAAAACCACGCCAUCAUCCAAUUGGGGCUUUACCACCAAUUCGUCACCGGCUUGGGUAACUUCCCAAUUGUUAUUGGCCUUGCCAAUGUGGCUAUUGGACUCUACUCGCAAUUUGAGGACUUCUAA